AUGGAAGAGCCAUUUCGAAAAAGACCCCGCCUUUCUAUCUUUGCUGGCCAGCCCUCCGAUACAGCACUCGACCAGGAUCUCAGUUCUCUGCGCCACCAAAACGACAAUUUGUUGAAGUCGCGAUUCGAGUCGAUAUUUGAGAAAUACUCACACGAUUUCAGCGGGAUUGGGGACGAAAUCGACCUGGGGACUGGAAAAAUCGUGGUGAACAAUGGCCAUCUGGAGGGGAUGAAGAAUGAAACAGACCUGGGGCGGACAGCAUCAAAUCGGGAGAAUGCAAAAGGACAAUCGCUGCUGAGAGCAAUGACCCGGAUGCCGGAUGGGGAAGAUUCAUAUUUUGAUGAGGGAGCAGAUGAUGUGAUCAUGAGUAUUGAAGAAAUGGCAGAGAAUGCCGCCAUGUCAGACGACGGGUCCAACCAGGAGGACAAUGAUGAGGAACUCUUUACCCCGGUCCAGUACAAUACCCAGAAAAUUCCGCAGGAUACCAGAAUAUCACACGACAAGAUCACCCAGCCGGACAGCGAUGAAGAACUCUUUGUUCCUGUACAGUCUCGUCCCCUGUUUGUGACCAUCCCAGACUCUCGUGGCAGCAAUCCCACUGUCCAAUCCGAUCCCUUCGAGUCCGACCGAGAUUCGCUUUUCGAAAUUCGGCCACCUCCGAGAUCGGCCAGUCCCGACUCCUUGUUCGAAGUGCAACGAAUCGACGACGAUUCUGCCUCGAUGGACAGAACAAAUGCACACAUUGGCUCAUCGGGUCUGGGGGAGGAUGUCGACGAAAGUGCCAUCCUGGACAAGUUCGGGCCUCAGAUCGGGCGGGAAGUUUUGGGCAUAGUACAGAAAGCUAGAAACACGGCGACUGAAGCCCACAUCGAACCCGCCUGGCGAAUACCAGCCAAUGUCAUCCCUCCAAAAGUCUCUCGUUCGUUUUCGAAAUUAAGUACGCCACCUUCUCCGAUCGCCCCGCGUCCUGAUGUUGCAAAGUCGUGUUCUCCAGAUCAUGAUCGAUCGCUGUGGGAGCCAAAGAGGCAACGGCCAAAGAGACGGUCUAAAGAUCAGGCACUUACGCAGAUGCGAAUACGCGCAGAAUCAGAAGAUCCGUUGCAAGAGGGUUUUGUCCGCGACAGCGGAGGAGAUUCUGACUGGGAGACCAAACAAGAACGGGAAGAAGAGUAUGUGGUGCCUGAGGACGAGCAAGUCGUGUUGAUGAAGCAGGGCAUAUGUUUGUACUGCUCCAAGCAAUGGGCUUCGAGAUCUGGCGUCUGGACUCACUGGUGCAAACUCCUCGGCGAGGCUGAAAGGCUCCAAGCGAAUCCCGAUGAGGUGCACGACAUUCAUUAUCUUCGACAUUAUCGUUCGAGGCGUCGCAAAAUCGUCACCGUGCGAUCUCCAAGACUAGUCCUUGGUGAUUUCAGGACGUUGGUGGAAUUGCACGAAGGUGCCGGUCUGUCCUUUGUUCAAAUUGCUCAAUGUCGGGCACUUCGGACCCGCAAAACAGGACCGGCACUGAAUGAUGUCUAUGAUAGAUAUCGAUCUCCCCCUGGUCAUCCACCGGGCCGAGGAGCCGUCCGUGACUGGUCCGAAGAGGAAAUGAAGAUCCUGAAUAAACUUUGUGAAAAUCCCAAAGCGGACCUGGGGACCUUUUCUCGACAAUUCCAGAACCGCAGCAGCAUUGAGAUUGGAGACAAACUCGCCGAAAUUUGGUUGGAAGCACUCUGGAAGUCUGGCCAAAUAGCCGCCAGACCGUCACAGAUACCUACAACACCCACCGAAGAGCAGGGCAUUGAAUCCACCCCGACGCCUCCGCAACGAAGCAUCCGUCAACGAGAGUCGUCAAUCGAUAACCCCUUUGUCAAGGAGGAGGAGUCAGAAGACGAGGGGUCCCGACACCGGUGA